CGAUCGUGAACGAAGGGAAGCCUUGGGCUGCUGAUUUCUUCAGUCGGGUGGCAACCAUCGAGCGUGUUGUUUGUUGUUCAGCCUGCCAAAAGAGAUAGGAAGAACUAUCUCCACGCAAGUGCGUUAGUUACUCUCGAAGGGGGAUAACGAGGGGUACACAGUGCGGGUUUAUAAAAAAGAAAAGCUAAGGGAAAGAAAAAAAAAGAGGAAGAAGAAGAAGAAGAGUGUUAGACAAAGAAGGAUGAAGAUGAUGAUAAAAGGAGGAGGGACGGCGUGUCUGAACAUGUGAUUUUUAAACGUCAGAACCUUUUUUCCAAUCCGAUCGGCGGAGGUAAUCGUUGAUUCGACCAAGAGUGUUUGGGGGGGGGGGUGUUACGAGAAAAUUCUCCUUCGUAUUGUUUAAAAAAGGAUUGCAUAGAAGCCAAAACUAGUCUCUCGGCCUUAGACAACGACAAUUGAAAAAGGGGGUGGUGGAGAGAAUAAUUUUCUCUCGAGCAGUAGUGAACAACAACGCACGCACGCACGCACAUCAUGGUCGUCGCGAAACACUUCACUCAGGGCUCGAGCCCCGAGUUUGGGGUGCCGGAUAUGACGGUCAUCAGUGAUAUCGACGAGACGGGGAUUAAUCGGAACCUUCAAGUUCGAUACGAAAGGGACGAGAUUUAUACUUACACAGGUUCCAUUCUGGUUGCUGUUAAUCCUUACAAGGAGGUCGACUUUUACACGAACGAAUAUGUUAGUCGUUAUCAUGGGAAAAAAAUGGGAGCACUCGAGCCACACGUUUUCGCGUUAGCCGAGGCAGCCUACAGAUCACUUCAAGAUACGGAAAGUAAUCAAUCCUGUGUUAUAUCCGGUGAGAGUGGUGCUGGUAAAACCGAGACAACGAAAUUCAUCUUGCAGUAUUUAUGUUCCGUCACUAGCAACGUCGACACUUGGGUUGAACAACAAAUAUUGGAAGCCAACACCAUUUUAGAAGCUUUUGGAAACGCUAAAACGGUGCGAAAUGACAACAGUUCAAGAUUUGGUAAAUUCAUGCAAGUUUGCUUCGACAGUAAAUGGAUGAUCAAGGGUUGUAUCAUUCAGGAUUAUUUGUUGGAACAAAGUCGUAUUACGUUUCAAAGUCCUGGGGAACGUAAUUAUCAUGUCCUUUAUCAAUUGGUGGAGGCUGGUACGAGGGAUAAAGAAUUUGCCGAACAAUUCAAGCUGAAACCAGCGAUUCAUUACAAGUAUCUUAAUCAGUCCGGAUGCGUUAAAAUUGGAGGGAUAUCGGAUUCCAGAAAAUUAGACGCUUUGAGGCUGGCAUUUAACGUGCUGCAAGUAGCCCCAGAAAUGUGCGAGGGAAUAUUCCGUGUGCUAUCAGCAAUCUUAUGGUUGGGUAAUUUAAAUUUCGAAGAUGUCGACGGUGAAAGAUGCGAAUUGACCGAGGAGGAUGAGGAAAUAAUCGAAACGGUGGCCCCACUUUUGGGUCUUCAAGUGGAGGAUUUAAGAAAGGUCGUGCUGAUACGGCAAAUCAAUGUACGCGGUAACAUAACAGAGAUUCCACUUAAGGUGCAAGAAGCCAAAGAAAAUCGUCACGCAAUGGCCAAAGCAUUGUAUUCGCGAACGUUUGCAUGGUUAAUCAAUCAUAUAAAUAAUUGUACGAAUCCUGGACAAGACAGUUCACGAUUUCUCGGUGUGCUCGACAUAUUUGGGUUUGAGAAUUUUUCUCUAAACAGUUUCGAACAACUUUGUAUUAAUUAUACCAACGAGAAGCUUCACAAAUUCUUCAACCAUUACGUUUUCGCAUUGGAACAAGAACUGUAUCGUCAAGAAGAAAUUCAAUAUUCUCAUAUAACGUUUACGGACAAUACCAUGUGUUUGGAAUUGAUCGAGAAACCACCGAGAUGCGUAUUAAAAUUGCUUACCGAACAAUGCCACAUGCCAAAAGGUUCCGACCUAGCAUAUUUAACUAACCUACACGCCGAAUUCGAUAAUCAUCCGUGUUACGUCAAAGGUGAGGAUCGUCGUAGGUGGGAAAAAGAAUUUGGCAUCCGACAUUACGCAGGUUGCGUGACUUACACAGUCGAAGGUUUCGUUGAAAAGAAUAGGGACGUUCAGCAGGACGUGUUUUUCGACUUCAUGUCGAGAAGUACAAGCGAGUUUGUCCAAGAGAUCACAGUUUAUCAAGACCUUUUAGGAUGUACGAUAGUUCGUGCAACCGGUAACGCAACAACAACGAUGUCUCGUGGAACGUCGAAGGGUAAACCAACGUUGUGCGAUUCCUUUCGACACCAAUUGCAAGCCCUGGUCGAUGUAUUGCAAGCAACAACACCUUGGUACGCGCGUUGCAUCAAACCCAACAUGGAAAAAGUCUCGAAUCACUACGACGAGAAACUCGUUCUCGAUCAAUUGAAAUAUCUUGGAAUGUUGGAUAUCAUUCGUAUAAGAAAGGAAGGCUUCCCGAUACACAUGGGUUUUCAUGAUUUCGUCGCGAGAUAUCGAUGCCUCGACAGGGGACGUAAUCUGUUGUCGCGCGAUGACAGAGAAGCUGUUAGAUCGUUGAUCAGUAGCCAAGGUAUUCCGGAAACCGAAUGGCAAAUUGGUAAAACCAAAGUCUUCCUACGUAGUUACGUGCACGAACCUUUAGAAGAUUCCAGAAAUCAAAUGGUCAGCAGCAAUGCUUUGAUGAUACAAAAGAUUUGGCGAGGAUACAUCGUACGAAAGGAGUACAAGAAGAUUCGGGAGGCCGCGUUGAAAGUACAGCACGCGUACCGUGGCUGGAAACUGCGAAUUAUAUUUAUUCGCAAACGCAGGGCAGCCAUUAUUAUACAAAGCCAUUUGAGAGGUGUUUUUGCCAGGGAAGUUGCCGCGGCAUUAAGGGAAAUGAGACGAGUGGACGAAGAGAUGAGAAAGAGAGAAAGAUUAGAAGAAGAAAGAAGAUUGAUGGAGGACAAGAAAGCAUUGGAAGAAAGUCAAAGCGCGCAGUACAAUGGUAUUGUUGGAAUGGAACCAGGAAAAGCACAAGAAGAGAUAGCAACGUUGACUCAAAUGGCAGAACAAAUGAAUUCGAAGAUAGCAGCGUCUGAUUUGCAAUCGGUCGAUUUGGACAAUUUGUUUUCAUUCUUGUCCGACGUCCAAUCGACGAAGAGCAAUCAAAUAAUCGAAGAAAUCGGUGAACAGAUGGAUAACCUCGUAGAAGAUUUGGACGUCGAAUUGGAAACGGUGAUAAAGCAGGAAUUAGAAAUGAAUUCUAAAGUGGAAUCGAAGAUUAACACGACGCCUAAUGGUCAAGAAAUAACGCCGGUACAGCAAGCGCAACGAAUAGGUGGGAGUACAGGAAAAUUGGGUCAACCGAGUCUUCCUGAACCAACGGAGCCACCACCUCCACCACCACCACCAAUUCCUCCGUUGGCAUUGAACGGGGACUCUUCGGCGGAUAACGGCGAGCCUAUAUACGAAUCUGUUUUACCACGAGAAGAAAGUGGGCCUAGUAGUCCCAUUAUGAUCAAUGGUAGUCCGGGAACAAUGAACGGUGAUAGUUGUGGUUUUCCACCACCAGUACCUAUCAGUAAAGUAAAGGAACCACUUGCUGGCAGUCCUCCACCACGACCAGAGUCACAGAAUUCUAAUGGCCAUCAUUUGCUGCAUCACAAUCAUCAUCAUCAUCAUCCAACCCAAAUAUCUCAACCGCAACAAAAUGGUCACGACCAGCAACAACAACAACUACAACAACAACAACCUAUUCAGCAACAACAGCAACAACCGCAACAACAGCAACAACAAUUGCAACAACAACAACAGGCACAAGUACCACAACCUCCUAUCGAAAGGGAACAGAGAAGAAAGUGUAGAGUCGAACGUAAAUUGCAAGAAUUGGAGGAUAAGAGGGAACAGGAUAUCGAACAAGCCACUUAUCACGAUAUCGUCGAAUUUGCACAGAAUUAUUUCAACAGUCACGAAAGAUCACCUGAGGGAACGAUAAUGGCUACACUUACGAGAAAAUCACGUGGCAAAAGUGUCGAAUUUAUUCCGAAAUAUGAAAUGGUCACUUAUUACAAAGGAUCUAGUAUUCCCAAUUCUCAUAUUCAUAUGUACGAUCCUGACAACGUUAACGUUGCCUGUUCAGUAUUCAGGGAUCUCUGUAAAUAUAUCCGUGGAGAAAUGAAAUUAGACGUAGAAAUAGCUACGAUACAAAGUAUCAUCGGGUAUGGAAUAGAACGGGAAGAAUUGAGGGAUGAAAUAUUCGUACAGUGUAUGAGACAAGCUACUAAUAAUCCUAAUCCCGAAUGGGCCGAACGCGUAUGGUUGUUACUCUGCUUGGCCAUCGUUGCGUUUCAACCAAGCAAAUUGCUUUACAAAUAUUUCGUCUCGUUUCUUCGAAAGAAUUUAGUUCUCGAAGGUAAACUAAGACAAUACGUGCAAUGGUGCAUCGACAAUUGCAAGAACACCAAAGUUUCCUGUAGACAAUAUCCACCUUCGACCGUUGAGAUUGCUGCAAUGAGACGAUUGGGUACGAUAGUGUGCAGAUUCUUUUUUCUCGAUGGUAGAACUAAGGCUAUCGAUGUUCAUCCAACUGACACCGCAGCUGACGCUGUUGCUAAAUUAGCUGACAAAUUGGGUCUCAGAUCUUUGGAAGGUUGGGCCAUUUAUCAAAGCAGACCGGAUGGAGAGGAACACGUUAGGGCUCAUGAUUAUCUAUACGACGUGAUAGCUGCAUGGGAAAUGAAACAAUGCAAAUUGAACACAUCCCAAUCAACAUUCUCGACCCUAAGACGUGGAAAUAAUGCAACUCUCGGUAGCGGAGACAAUCGUUUCGUUUUUAAACGCCGACUGUUUCGUAACACACGAGAAAUAUCCCAAGAUCCGGUUGAAGUUAACAUGCUCUAUGCACAAGCUGUAUAUAAUGUUGUAAAGUGCGAUGAUUUCCCAGUGUCCGAAAAAGUGGCUCUACAAUUGGCAGGAUUGCAAGCUCAAGUGGCAUUGGGUGACCCAAAAGACAACGACAGAUUAGAUUAUUACAGCGAGGUUGAUAGUUUUUUGCCGUAUCGAAUAAGCCGAGCACGUGGUGAUGACGUUUGGGUACCGAUCAUAGCACAAGCACAUAGACAAUACGGUGCUGGUCGUAAGGAAUUAGCAGCUAAAGUUUUAUAUCUCUCCUGUGUGAUGCAAUAUCCGUUGUACGGUACAACAAUGUUCAACGUAACGUAUCGAGGAUAUUGGUCUUAUGGCAAUCAAUUAAUAUUGGGUAUCAAUUGCGAUGGUUUAAUGUUGAUCAAGCCUGAUGACAAAUUUGUAUUGUCCGAAUAUCGUUACCAGGACGUUGAAAGUAUAAUGUUGGACCCAAGCGACUCGUUCAUAACGAUUUCCUUGCUACGACACAACCCUGAUAGCUCGCAUAAGUGUUUUGUAUUCGAGACAGCACAAAAAAAUGAGAUAGGUAGUCUAAUCGUGAGCUAUUGCCCUGCCUUAGCAGGAUGGAUCACGGAAAACGAAGUUCCUGCGAAAAAAUUCAAAGGUAUCACCAACGAGGAUCGCAUCAGGCUUUAUCACAAUUUGGUUAAUUGUCGUCGAACAUUGGUCGAUGCCGAGAUUCUAAGGAAACCUCAAGAUUCCGGUGGUGGAUUUUUGAGGAAUACUUUGAGAAGAUUGUCAAAGCAUAGAAUAGAAAAACUUAGACAAGAACACGGUAGUGCUACGGAUCACGGUGAAACCUACAAAGGUUUCCCGUAUGCUUAUUGGGCUUUUAGUAGACAAGCAAUACCACAGACUCUUUUCAAGUUACCUGAUCCGGAAGAUCAAAUGGCCCUGGGCGUUUUCCAAUUGAUUUUAACUUAUGCUGGUCUUGGUCAAAACGGUGACACCGUUCGAAGGGUCGAGGACGAACACGUCAAUCUUAUACAAACGGUUAUGGAAAGGUGUAUCAGAAAAGAUAUUCUUUUGGGAGAAUUGUAUCUGCAAUUGAUCAAACAAACCACCGACCAUCCUGAUCCAAACAGUCGAGUUAAUCUAAGGCAUUGGGCAUUACUUUCCUUAGCAUGCUCGGUUAUUCUACCACCGCAGAAACUCAUUCGCAAAUAUCUAAUAGCACAUUUGAAACGAUGUGCCAGCGAUUACGUCACCGAAGAAGGCAAAUACGCUAGAUUCGCCGAGAAGUGUCUUUACAAAACUCAAGGAACGAGAAAAAGGCAAUGGCCACCUAGCAGGGAAGAGAUCAUGUGCACGAUCAAUCGUAGACCAAUUUAUGCAAGAUUUCAUUUUAUGGACGGACAAUAUCAUGCCGUUGAAUUUCAUCCGUCUGCCACUGCGACUGAUGUCAUGGAAAUAAUCAAAGCUAAGAUUGGGCUUGAAGAAACAGCUAUGGGUUAUGCCAUUUACGAGGUAUUAGGACCAACCGAACGAGCUCUAGUCCCUGAUGAAAAAAUAGCUGACGUUAUGUCGAAAUGGGAACGAUACAGAUCGGCCAGUGCAUCCCAACAAGGACAACAACCGCAGAGGAAACACGCACAUCACUUUUUCUUAUUUAAGAAACACCUGUUCCUCGAUCAGUACAUGAAUCUUGAUGAUCCUGUAGAAAAAGAAUUGCUUUAUCAUCAAGUUCUUCACGAUCUUCGUGCCGAUCGGUUUCCCAUAACCGAAAAGGAAGCCAUGAUGUUAACGGCUUUACAAGCUCAAUUAGAACUCGGUGAUUGUCACGACGGAUUAGCCGAGCAAGAGUAUCGAACAAUAUCAAGUCACUGCCUACCAUCAAGACUAGUACCGACGGUGUGCAUAGAAGGAGUCCUUCAACACCAUCAGUCAUUAAGAGGAAUGACACCGCCGGAAGCUAAGAAAGCCUUUUUAAAUUUAAUCCAAUCGUGGCCUUUGCAUAGGGCAACGAUCUUCGACGUGAUGCAAUCAUUCACAUCGAAUUGGCCCAGAGUCCUAUGGCUUGCAGUCGAUCAACUAGGAUUACAUUUACUCGAACAUCGUUCGAGAAAUACUUUAUGUACUUACGAAUACAGUAGCAUACUUAGUUACAAUCCUGCUAUUAGUAGUUUGAUGAUAAUCACUUGUACCGAUAAAAAACAGAGCAAAGUUAUACUCACAACUUCUCAGGCACACCAAAUAGCUAAUUUAAUAAAGGAAUACAUGGAGGUGUUACAAUCACCUCCGGAAAUACCAAAGAGAGAUUCCGUGAUAGCCCAAUCAAUUGCACAACAAUAUCAACAAGCGACCACGAAUCUUCCAGGAAAUGCAACUGGAAGAAAAUCAAGGCCUGCUUCGAUGUUACACAGGGGUGCUCCAGUGAUACAAUCUCAAGCUAGUUAGAAUGUUUCAAACAAAUCCUCAUUCUUAUCGACAAUGAACUAUUUUCAGCUUCUAAUCUGAGAAAUGAGGAAAAAUAUCUUAUGGGAUAUACACUUUUCUCGACUAAACGAUAACACAAAUGUGAUAUCUUUUUGUCCAACGAGUGUGUAUGUAAAUAUAAAGAUUCUUUUGUUUUUUUUAACGAACGAAAGAAAGAAAAAGGGGGGAGAGAGAGAGAGAGAGAGAGAGAGAGAGAAAGAGAGAAAGAGAGAAAGAAUUGAUUAUAAACUUUCGUUAUCGAAGUGCCAUAAGUUUACCAACUUUUACGUUUAUGAACCAAUCAUAUCGUCCGGACCAAAAUAUAAUUUUUCUUUUCUAUACAGCGAGUUGAACGUCGAUUCUUUUUUUCCCCCGGUGCAUUUUCGCAAAAUAGGCAAAAUUGCAUAAUGCUAGUGGUUUCAUUUAAAUUCGAUUAUUUAAAAUAUGGUUCUCAAGGCCUACGAUUAUUGUGGAUUACGAGAAGUAAAAUUAAUAUAAUAAUGAACGAACGUUAGUUAUAAAUAUAAAUAUAAAUAUAUAGAAAAUGAAAAAGAGAGAGAGAGAGUGAGAGAAAGAAAAAAAAAAAGGAUGGAUACUUUCUUCCGAUAUUUAUUCAAUUUAGAAUUAGUAAUCCUGUGAGUAACGUGAGACAUUAAAAAAAACACGCACGCAUACAGGAUAUUUAUUAGCUACCGCCGGCGGAAAGUAGAAAUUAUUUAGCAACAAUUAAACGAGUAACAAAUUAACUGCCAUGUUAAUGAAGGAGGAGAGAAAGAGAUGAAAAAAUAGAAAAUAGACAAAAAAAAUGAAACAAAAAUUAUUCAAUGCGUAUAAACAAAUGGAUCGAUUAAUUAUGAAAGUGAUAUUUCAAUCAUUUAUUAUUUCUUUAGAUAGUUGGACUAUAGAAUAAUUAUUUUUGUCGUUUUGAUAAUAGAGCUAUGACAAAUUAUUUAAAAAUUAUUUAUUAACACGUUGAUAUUUGGGAUAAUUUUAAUUAUAUAAUAAUGAUAUUUUUUUGUUUUAAUAUUUGAGAUAUUUGUGAUUAUUAAAGUAUUACUGCUUACGAUAAAAUUGACUUUUGCAUUAGAUCAUUCUCAUAAUCAAUCGAUUGAAAUGAAAAUGGAAAAAAGUGCUCUCUAUAUCGAAGACUUGAAAGAAAAUCAUAUACAUAUAAACUUGAAAUGAAUUCUGGACGUAAAAAGUGAACAUACAAUUUGUUUUCUUUACGAAUAUAUUAUAAUACAAGUUCCCUAACUAAAGUUUUUGAUAAAUGAAUUUUUGCUAAUCGUGUUCGCGCCUGUUAUAUCUACGCGAAUACAUUUUUUUAUUAACAACCGAGUCGAUCUACCGAUUUAAAAAAAGAAAAAAGAAGAAGAACAAACGAUAAAAAAAAACGAAGCAAGUCCAAAACCAAGCAAAUGUUUUUUUUUUUUAAUCAUCGCGGAGACCAAUCAAACGAAGAAUUUUUUAUAAACGAAAAGAAUAAAAGAAAGAAAGAUCUAAAUCCUAGAUCAUCGAUCUCGCGUUUACAUUUGUAUUUUCAAAAUUUUCCUUUCACGUCAAACGUGUGUGUUUUUUCUUUUUCUUUACAAAUCUCGUCGGUUUUAUUGUAUCGUCCCGAAAAAUUCAUGAUGGAAUAUCUCGAUAAAAAAAAAAA